AUGGAGGACUUCGCCCUGGCUAGGCUAAAUGUGACCAUGGUCGGCCAGAAUUUGACAGACAUAGACGAUGGCCCUGGCCGCCCAACAUCACCGCGGCCUCAGCCCAACCCUAGCUGGCCUAGGCCUGGAGAUGACGAUGAUGAGAACCCUAUUUCUUCCAUUAUUAAUUUAAUUCUCGCCUUUCUUAACGGGCUAUCCGGAAUCCAUAAUGGAUCAUCAACAGAUUCCAAUGCAGGCAUUGGCCUUUCAGACUGGUACUCCUUCCAUGUCAUGACUGCCUGCAGAGGAGAGUUCUUCUACUCCUCACUCCCAAGCAGAACUAAUCUCAACACAACAAACUGCACUCGCGCGAAACUAGGCUUUCGUUUCAAUCUGACGGAGCUCAUGGCUGAAGAUCUCAAAAAAUCCGGGAUCAAUGUUGACUUGGGGAACUACGCCGAGACUGAUCAGUUACAAAAAAAGCUCGACAUUCUCAACAAGGUAUUAUCUGCCUUAGCAGCAUUCUACAUCAUUUCCAUGGUGUUUUGCGCUCUCGCGCUCUUGUCUUCGUCGAUCUCCCUAUUCAGCGACAAUCACACUGUCGGCCGCCUCGGCUUGCUCUCAGUCCUGUUCGCGACGUUGUCGCUCUUCGUCGCAAGUGGCAUAGCAACGGCGACUGCCAAACAGAGCGCCGAUGAAGUCACGAGGCUAGGGAGGGAAGUCGGUAUUGAAAGCUACCGUGGCUACAAAUUCCUCGGUCUCACGUGGGGAGCUGCGGUCGCCAUGUUUGUCGACAUAUUCUUUGAGAUUGCACAAGUUAGACGGACGCGAGAAGAGUUGAAAUCUACCAAAGAGCCUCCCGGAGAGGAGUCUGCUGAGGAGGCUUGA